UCUGUUUUAUAUUUUUUCCUCAGAGUUCACCAUACGAUUGGAAGAUGAAGCUGACCGUGUGCCUCCUGUUCCUGGGCUGCCUGGUGCUUGUGGCCGAAGCCAUCGCCGAGCCUCGUGAGGAGGACCUGCAAGGCCUGUUGGCCGAGUUAGAAGACUUGGUUGAUGAGCUAGAAGCACUUGUUUAUUUUCUUGCAGUGGCGGAGGUGGGGAUGGAGAAGCGAGUUGGGUGCCGCUCUAGAUGCCGUCGCCUGAGAGGCGAGUUAAGACAUCACUGUUUUGCUGGCUGCGGGGGUCCGAUGGGGAAGCGGGACCAAGUAGAGGACCUGGAGGCUGAGGAAGAAGAACUGCAGGAGGAGGCGUUCUUAGCCUGAAGUGGGACUCCAGCGCCUCCGCCUGGUGCAAGUCACGGCAAAUGAACUGCAGGGAGCUCAGGACCAGGCGGCUGAGGCAGAAGACCUUCAAUAGUUUAAUUAGACAUGGGUGAUUAAGUUCUUCGAUUCACUAAUACAAAGGAAUGUACCUGCCUACGUUUCAAUAACACAUUUAGUAAGUUACUAAAUGGGUUAUUGAAACCUAGGCAGGUUAACAAGUUAAACUUGCUUAGGGCAAUGUUGAUUGGGCCAGCUCUGGUCGUUUUUCAGCUGAAAUUUAAUCUUAAAAUCUCAACAUCUUAAAAUGCUUUCUAAUUGCAGUAGUAAUACUAAACAACAAGAUGGAAUGGUGAUUAGGUUUUGAUACUAUUAAUCGUUAUUUCUUUAAAUUCCUCAAAUAUCAACAGAAUCUCUGAGCCACUGAUUCAUUGAUUUUUCAACCUUAUGUUUAAACAAUCCUAGCAAGGAAUUGUAGUGAGGAUUAUCGUGAACAUUUUUCAUCAAUUUCCGGACAUGUAUGCGUACACUAGGUAACGUUACAUCAUAGAAAGCAAUGGAACUGUGAAUGUUUGAAUAUGAAGGAUAAUAAAACUGGUGACUGGUUUAAA